AUGGCUGCCGGUCGGACCCUCUCUUACCCCUACGACCCUCCAUACACGCUGUCGAGUGAGAAGCAUCAUUCAAAGUCAAAUGCCCUUGUUGGUGAUAAAGUGGUAAAGGCACCAGUGCUCGGAAGUAUGUUUAGAACCUUGAUCCAUUUCCCAAGCUAUGGUGUGUGGUUGGAAGGCAAAGAUCCAGCACCUUCAUUUAUUGACCAGAGAUGGAAAGGGAGUGCUCAGCAUCGCCUGGUGGCUCUUCAGCAGCUUGCUGUAGCUCCAUCUUCUCUUCAGAUACCUAAGAUUGUGUAUGAAGAUCCUGAAGUUAGUGGAAGGAAUCGCUACAAGUAUUUUGCACGACCUCUCAUCACUUCUCAUAAACUGCUUCCACUAAAUAUUACUUAUUCAAUGGCACAGACAGAGUCCUACGUUUGUUCACUUAUAGGACACAGCAAGGUCUUUACUCCCAGUUUACGAACUUUGGGCACACAGACAGAUUACAGAGAUGGUGAAGCCCAGACAGAUCCCUAUACCCCGGAAUAUGUAGUUCCUAGUGGCUCAGUCCCUGAACUUCUGACACUUGCUACACUCACUUGGGGACGGGGUCUACCAGCAGGACUAGCUGAAGUGGAGAUGAUUGAACGCGCUCGGGAAAAACGUGCUUGGGAAGCAACUCUUCCAGCCAUGGACAGUGCCUCAAAUGUCGAGAAGAGGAGGAAAAUGAUGGAGAAUAUGGAGAGGAAGGAAUGGGCCUUUAGAGAACAGGAAAUAGAAAAGUUGCAGAAGGUUCGACUGGAAGUCUUAAAGAAGCUGCUUUGGAGGCAAGAGGAGAAUCAGAAUGAGCUGGUUGCCAAGCGCUUGUAUGCCCACUGGCAAAAUAAUCAGAAGGCUAAAGAAAAGAAAAUGAAAAAGAUUCAGAGUGACACUGCAUUGAUGCUCCGGAAACUGAUAGCUAAGAGGAAGAAUGUGAUGGGGAAGCUGGAGAGACGAGAUAUCAUCAAAGAGUAUACUGACUUUGCAUCACAACCAUAUGCUCCUUUGUCUAGAAUUGGUUAUUUUCCAGACAACCAUUCUGAACGUUACGUGGUAAAAAACUUCUAUCUUAACACCUUUGCAGGACUGUGUGAAUUGGAAGCAUCUCUCCCAGAUUCUGUCACCCAGGUCAAGAUUAAAGCUCCAAAACCUAAGCAAACUAUCACUAAGACUGGAUAUGUUAAAAGAGCAGCAAGGCUAGAAGUGGCACUGGAACAAGUUCACCAGGCACUACUGGAGAAGAAGAAGGAAGUCAAGGAGCCGAAGAAAAAGCCCCACUCUUUACUUCAAAAAGUAGAAAAGCCUGUCCCUCAGCCACCCACUCCAAUCCUGGAAAAGCCAUCAGUUGUGGAAGAGGAAACAGAACUGGCAGUGAUCUGUCUGCAGCAGUUGCUCCGAGGCAGGGCUAUUCAGAACAUGAUGUUUGAAGGGAAGGAGAAGCAGCUGGAACUGAUCCGAGAGCUGCGCACCACUCAUGCACUCCAGGAGGAUGGACAUCUGCUUUUGAAGGCAGAGGAGCAAAUGACACGGGCUCUACAGCAACAGCAUGAGUUACAUAUGGACAAGCUGUCAUCAGUGGAAACCCACUUGGCCAGGGAAGAAGGAAGGGUAUUGGCAAACGUAUUUGAUUUCCUGUCCAAAGAGCUGGUGAGGCUGCAAGAAGAACGCAGAAUCCAUGCUUUUGUCAUGCUGGCUGAGAGGCAGAGGCGCAUGCGGGAAGCAGAGGAGAGUGGAAGGCGUCAGGUGGAACUGAAGCGGCGUCAGGAUGAAGAUGAGGUUUUCAGACAGGUGGUGAAAGUGCACCAGAGCACUAUCGACUCCUACUUGGAAGACAUUAUCCUGAGUAGCAUGGAGGAUACAGCUGAAGAGCAAGCCAGGGAAGAGAUUCAGAGAAUGGCUAUAGAAAUCAAUGACAUUGCUUACGAAAUGGAAAGUCGCCGAACUCACCAACAAUCAGAAGAGAUUGUAGCAGAGAUGGUUUAUGAUUUCCUCAUUCCAGAAGCUGAGAAAAUGUCUAUCAGAGAAAAAGUGAGGCAGUGUCAGAGAAAACACAUCUACGCUGCUCAUCAGAUCAUCCACAGGGACACAGAGAGGGUAGUGGCUGACCUGGCACGGCAUCAGGAGACAUCUGCCAGCAACAUAAAGGGAGACCUUCCUGCUGGGCCAGCCAGCACUGGCGUGAGUGAGACAGCUGCUGGCCCAAGUGCAGCUGACAGCACUUGCUCUGCCACGGCUGCAGAGGAACUAGCUAAACCAUGUGAAGAAAGCACAGGGCAGACAGCAGAUUACCCUCCUGAUGGAUCAGACAAGGAUCCCACAGCCUCCUAAAGACAGAAGAUGAGCAAGGGCAACUGGAAUGGAAGAUCCUCUUCUCCCCUUGGGCUGUCCCUCCUGCUGCCUGCUGGCAAUGUUGUCCUGGAACCACUCUGUAUACAUUCCGGUGUGGCAAUCCCAGUCCAGCCCCCUCCCCAACCAGGUUUGGACCUCAUUAGCUAUUUUUCCUCUUCUAGUUUAUUAAGAGAAGCCUAAGUGAGAAAGCACUGUUGGUA